AUGGUCCAAGAAGUCCACUACUUCCGCAUGAUGAACGGCGUCAAGGUUCCCCAGGUCGCGUACGCCGACUCUCGGGGGUACCAGAUGCAACCUCCGCGCGAGUUGCUACCUGCGCCCGUCUUGUACUCUACGGAGGAAGUAGGCUACGAGAUGCCUUCUGCGGGUACCAUGGACCCCUUCACUCCCUCUGACACAGGAACGACUCCGACUCAGGACAACUGGGGCCCGCCGAAUUAUCUUGCUCCCUGGCCUCAGACGCCUGCUACGCCUACGCCUAGCAGACUGUACGGAAGUUAUAUGCCCGGCAACAGUGACCAGAACCUGUUCAGCAGCUCUCCUCUCGUGGCACCCAUUACCCCUGCCGGCAUGGGAAUGGGCAACGAGGACGUGUUCACCAGCUCUCCUGUCGUCGGACCGGGUAGCACUGCCAGCAUGCGAUCGGGCGGCCAGGACGUGCUUCAAGUUCAAACCCCCCAGCAGCCCCGACAGGUCAGCAAGGCGGAGCAGUCCCGCGUAGUCCUCGAGGCAGACCCCAAGAACCCGAACUGGACCUAUGCUGUUGAAGCAUUCCCUGUUACGGACGACGAUCCUAAUGAUCCCGCGGGUCCAGUCAGAACGCACACCGAGAACGUCCAGCAGGCUCUCACCAAGAAGAUGAUCCCCUACCGAUUCACUGUGGAGGCGCCUCUGGAUGGUUCUGGCGGUCUCUGCCGCCGUUACACCCUUCCGAGCAAGCACCGCGGUAACGAUCGCAUGCGCCUGGACUUCAUGCAGGUGUUCAACACCAACCGGCCCCACAACAAUGCCCUGGUUCACUACGGCUAUGAGAUGAUCGUUGUCUACGAUGGCGGCGUCACCGCCAUAGCGGCCCAGUCAUUCGCUUCGAACCCGAUCAUUGGCAAUGACCACGGCAUGAACGGCCGUAACGAUGGUAACGAUGCUGAGUAUGCCAUGUCCGUGGUCCACACACUUCAGCGUAGUCUUGGCGGCGCGACGGCAAUGCCUCCGUCACCCGCGCUCUCUGACCCGUUCGGCUCCUCUCCUGUUGGACCUCCUUCGUCAAUUCCCAAGCGUCUGUUCACCGAGGGCAACGGACGUCGCCGCCUUCGUUCAAAGCCAAUCGCCAAGCCUGUCCGCGAAGAGACCAAGAACGCGGACGGCAAUUGGAUUUGUACCGUGCCUAACUGCACCGAGGGCAAGGGUCCAAAGGUGUGGGAUCAAAAGGGCAAGUGGGACAAGCAUAUGGACAAGCACGAGCGUCCUUACAAGUGUGCCACUCAAGGCUGUGAAGCCCUCCCAGGCUUCACCUAUUCGGGAGGCCUGCUCCGCCACGAGCGGGAGGUCCACGGAAAGCACGGCGGCCCCAAGAACCCCAUGAGCUGCCCCCACGUCGGCUGCAAGAGACACUUUCCCGACAACGGAUUCAGUCGUCUGGAGAAUCUUAACGAGCACAUCCGACGAGUCCAUCCUGGCCGACCGGGCAGUGUCGCAGCCCUCGACGACGAUGACGACGAGGAGCCCGAGGUUGAGAAUGCCGACCUCGGUGCGAGCCCUCGCGGCAAGAAGCGCAAGGCGGACAACGAAAACCUCCGAGACGAGGUCAAGCGCCUGCAGACCGAGAACGGCGACCUCCGAAGCAAGAUCGGCGGGAUGAUGCGACAGAUGCAGCAGCUUCAGCAGCGAGAUUCCUUCUCAGCCCCUGCGCAGGCGUGUUACCCGCGCGACUUCUUCAAGAUCUAG